UAAACUUGAAAAAUGUAUAAAUACGAAGAGAAGAAGCAUUAUCCAGGAGGUAGUUCAAAAGACGCCAGCAGAAAAUUAAAACAUAUCAGUAAAUAAGGGUCUGAAGGACUUGACUAACAAGACAUCCCAGAUUAAGAGUGACAUUUCUUCAUUGAAGUCAAGAGUAUACUCUCUCCGGUCAGAGAACCAUGCAAAGGCACCGGAAAUUGAAGAGUUAGAGUGGAUGGAUGACUACCUUGCUUCAAAGUAUCAUAAAGAAAAAGAAUCCAAGGUUGCUACUAAAGAGACAAAGAGUCCCUCAGGCCCUGUAAGAGAGAGAAAAGCAGAAAGAAGUUAUAAAGAGUCAGGCAUGGCUUAUAGUGACCUUAAGAAACAGUUUAAUAUGCUCAUGAAAUAAUUUCA